GGUCAUCAUAUUGGAACAAUUAAUUGAUGGUAAUAUCAAGAAAGAUAGCGUGGAAGUUCCAAUAAUAAACCAAGUAAGCCAAACCUUGUAGGGAAAAAAAGUAGGCCACCCAACAAUGGCCAUACACUUUGCAUGAAGCCUGUAAAACAAGGACAACCCAACACAUGCAGUCAACGCUGAUUACAACCUCCCCUCCAACCUGACGAGUCGUUAAAACCAAACUAUUAUUUCUAAUCUCCUCGAAAAAUUAGCGUAUAGACCCGUGGGCUUGGGGUGGUUGAGUGAAUUUAGAUUUCAAAUUUGGAAAAUUAGCACAUAUAUUAUUGUCAUGUUAAAAAAGAGAUGUGGAUUAUUCUCCAAAACCUAUCUAAAUAAGUAUCAAUACAAAAUUUAUCAAUCCCAUUCCUACUAUAAUUUGGAAUAUGUUCGAAUGGAUCAACAUAUCAAACUGUAAAAUUGUAAAUUAACCACACCUCAUACAUCACGACUGUAUGACAGGUCCCUCUGCCCUCUCGUCCAAGGAUACAACAGCUGGAGCCAGUAGAACCUGACAUGGUUGUUUGUAUGUGAGAUGAGGCUACGAGGAGUGGAUCUCACGCGGCUGGGGAUGGCGAUUUUGACUCUGGCUCGGGAUAUUCUAUUGGCUAAAGGAGUUCAGUUUCCAGGAAUUGUUGACCCUGCUGUGGUGGAAUUGCUAGUCCUCCGUGAAGCAAUGUUGUGGUGUCUGGAGCAUGGUUUCGCGGUGGUCAGAUUUGAGAGAGAUGCCAAGGUGAUUAUCGAUAAGAUCAAGCAGGCGGAUGUCAGAGAUAACCAGAUGGGUGUUGUUCUUGAUAAAGUAGUGCAGUAUUUUGCUGCCCAUUCCGGGUUUAGUAUUCGAUUCGUAGGUCGGUGUUAUAAAUUAUAAUAGAGUAACUCAUGUGGUGGUAGGGAUGGCAAUGGGUCGGGUUGGGGCGGGUUUUGUCAAAUCCAAACUCAAACCCAUGGGUUUAUCCACCAAAAAAACCCAGGGUAAAACCCGUUGGGUUUGAAAAACUCAAACCCAACCCAACCCGCUGGGUAUCCGCGGGUUCAUGGGUACCCAUGGGUUUUUGUGCUAAAAAUUUUACAAUAAUAAGUUUCUUUCAAAAUAAAAGUUUAACAUCAAUUUUCUCAUACAAAAAACACCAAUUUAGAGCAUACAAGCAAACCGUAAAUGAUCAAUACAAAUUGUUCAAAAUUAAAGAUAAACAUCUAUAAACAAUAAGAUUAAUUGAAAGCUUCUUCCUCGUCAACUAAGUUGCUUCACUCUCCACUUUAUAAUAUCAACUUCAUUCUAAACAAUUAGAAAGAACAAAUUAUACAUGUCUCCACAAACAUAAAGAAUAUUAGUUGUUUAAGGAAGAUAUAUUAUUUGAAAUAUUAAAUAUACCGAGAAAAUAAUUAUAUGUAUGUGGGCGAGUACCCAUGGGGCGGGUUUACCUAAACCCAAACCCAACCCGACUCGAUGAAUAGUGUAGUAGGUUUGAACCCAAACCCGUCAACACGGGUUUUACCCGCGUUGACCGGAUUGGGUCGGAUGCAUACCCGUGAGUUCGGGUUUUGUUGCCAUCUCUAUGUGGUGGUUAUAAAGACCCUUUUAUCAA